GAUUUCAUGUAACUCUGUUUGCAGGAUGGUGACAAAAUUCUACCAGCAUAUCCUGGCUUUGGCAUUUGCCGUAAAUGAAAUCAAUGAGAAUCCUGAGAUUUUACCCAAUAUCACCCUUGGUUUCCAUAUAUAUGACAGCUACUACUUUGAGAGGAUGGCAUACCGCACCAUUCUGGACUUGCUCUUCAAAACACAAAGAUUUGUCCCCAACUAUCGCUGUGGCCCAGAGAAGAACUUAGUAGCCGUAAUUGGAGCACUUGGGUCUGAUCUCUCCUUCCACAUGGCAGAACUCUUAGGAGCCUAUAAGAUCCCACAGGUGAGAAACUUAAGGGAGGGUUGAAGGGUUUUGCUUGGUUCUUUGCUACUUAUACAUGUCACAAUCUCUAUUCUUACUAUUGAGAUGACUGUUCUGAAGAGUCGGAGGUAUAAUUAAUGGAAGCAAAGCUUUAUCUGAAAUCGAUGUAGGUCAAAUAGAAAAAUGGUUUCAAGAAAUUCAGGAGAUAAAGAUUACAGUUGUGGAGUACACGGUUCAAAUCCCUGUUUGGCCAUGGAAAUCCAGUCGGUAAUUCUGGGCAAGUCACACUCUCUCAACCCCAAAGGCAGGCAAAGCACCUCCACUCAGAAUAUAUCUUGCGAGGAAACCCUGUAAUAUCUUCCCUUUAGGGAUGUCAGUAGUCAGAAGUGAUUUCAAAGAACACAAAUGCCAUGGAAAGGAUUAUGAGAUCUUACAAAUGAAAUCUUUAUCAUGUCUUACUUCCAGAGGUGGGUGGACCACAGUUCUUUGAAAAGUUGCUCAAUUUAAUUUGCAACCAUAUGAAAGGAAAUAAUUAAAUAAUAAUAAUUUCACUUCACUUAUCGUUUCCUUUAACUGAAAUCAUUGUGCAUUGUCUUUUAGCUUUCAUAUGGAUCAUUUGUUUCUCAAGAGAGUGAAACAGCACACGUUUCUUCCUUCUACCGCAUGGUCCCAAAUGAAUCCCAUCAAUACAUGGGGAUUAUCCAUUUACUUCGUCACUUUGGAUGGACAUGGAUUGGACUUGUGGUUGCAGAUGAUGAAAGUGGAGAUAAUUUUUUGCAGGUCAUGGAGACCUUGUUUACUCAGCAUGGAAUCUGUUCAGCCUUCACACAAAGAUUGCCACGCCAUAGUCGUAUUCCCGAAGAUCAUGAUAACAAUUUUUUGAGAGUACCUGUAGAUAGUAAUGCCAGAGUAUUUCUUAUGCAUGGUGAUGUUAUGGUGGCCAUAUGGAUGAUCACAUUUUAUGUGUUUUUACUUACUGAUGAGAUGAAAGCUGCAUAUUUUGGUAAGCUGUGGAUUAUGACUGCUCAGACGGAGAUUAUUGUAACAGGAAUUACAAAGCUGUUGGACUUUCAAAUCUUUAAAGAUACUAUAUCCUUUGCAGUUCACUCAAAGGAACCGCAGGGUUUCCAAGCAUAUCUUCAGAAUGUAAAACCUAACCAUAUAGAAGGAGGUGGCUUUCUUAAAGAAUUCUGGGAACAGGUUUUUGACUGUUCUUUUCCAAAUCCUGAGGAACCAAUGGAUACUGGAAAUAUAUGUACAUGGGAGGAGAAACUGGAGAUGGUUCCUAACUUGUUUUUUGAAAUGAGCAUAUCUGGUCACAGCUACAGCAUCUACAAUGCUGUUUAUACUGUGGCAUAUGCUCUCCAUGCCAUGGGUUUAUGUAGAGUCAAAUUCAGAAUUAGAAGAGUUGAAUGUCAAGAUCUUCACGCUUGGCAGCUCCAUUCCUUUCUUCAAGCCACUUUUUUUAACAACUCAGCUGGAGAAAUUAUAUCAUUCAAUGAUCAUGGAGAACUGAUUACUGGAUUUGAUGUAAUGAGUCUGGUCUUGUUUCCAAACAAGUCUUUCCUUAAAACCAAAAUUGGAAUAGUGAAUCCCAAUGGUGAUGGUGGAAAGCAAUUGAUCAUUAAUGAGGAUAGGACUGAAUGGCAUGCAAGGUUUAACCAGGUGCUUCCCAUUUCUACGUGUAGUGUUGCCUGUCAGCCAGGCAAUCUAAAGACAAAGGAGGAGGGGAAGAAAUUUUGCUGCUUCAAUUGUCUCCCAUGUCCAGAAGGGAAGAUUUCCAAUACAACAAAUAUGAAAGAAUGCUUUGAAUGCCCAGAAGAUCAAUAUCCAAGCAAAAGCAAAAACAAAUGUGUUCCCAAAGAUAUAUCCUUUCUGUCUUAUGAUGACCCUUUAGGGAUUAGUGCUGCUUCGGUUGCUUUUUCAUUUUUCGUGAUCACAGCUUUGGUGCAAGUAAUUUUUAUCAAGCACCAAGAUACUCCAAUAGUGAAAGCCAACAACCGGGACCUCUCCUACAUUCUCCUUGUUUCCCUUCUUCUCUGCUUCCUCUCUUCUUUCUUAUUCCUCGGUCGACCUGGCAAAGUGAGCUGCUUUUUGAGGCAAGCUGCAUUUGGCAUCAUCUUUUCCGUGGCAGUUUCUUGCAUAUUAGCCAAAACCAUCACUGUGGUUGUAGCUUUCAUGGCUACAAAACCAGGGUCCAACAUGAGAAAAUGGGUUGGGAAAAGACUAGCUAAUUCCAUUGUCUUUUUUGGCACUUCGAUACAAGUAGUUAUUUGUACAGUCUGGCUAGGAAUCUCUCCUCCAUUCCCAGAUUUGGACAUGCAUUCACUAACUGGGCUAAUAGUUGUGGAAUGCAAUGAAGGUUCCUUCAUCAUGUUUUACCUUGUCCUGGGUUAUAUGGGACUACUUUCUGUCAUCAGCUUUACAGUAGCUUUCCUUGCUAGGAAGUUGCCUGAUAGUUUUAAUGAGGCCAAGUUUAUCACAUUUAGUAUGGUGAUCUUUUGCAGUGUGUGGUUGUCAUUUGUCCCAACUUAUCUGAGCACUAAAGGGAAAUACAUCGUAGCCGUGGAGAUCUUCUCUAUCUUAGCCUCAAGUGCUGGACUGCUGGCAUGUAUCUUUUUUCCAAAAUGCUAUGUUAUUUUGUUGAGACCAGAGUUAAACAUCAAGGACAAUCUAAUAAAGAGAAAGAACUGAAGAAUGUGACCUUAUUUUGUUAUAUGUAACACACACAAUCUAUAUGUUCUAAAUUCAUGUGACAGCAAACCAAAGAAU